AUGCAGUUCUCUCUCACUUCCUUGCUCCUGCUGGGGAUUAGCUGUCUGGUUUCGGCCCGCUCCCUAACAAUUAACAUCCCGGUCUCCAGUCCCCUUCCCAACCCGCACGUCCUCCCCGCAACCACCCAUGCCACUCUCACUACGCUUCCCUCCGGCGGCAAAGACCACAUCCUCUCCGCCUCACUGACCCGCUCGGCUUCAUUUGUGUUCCGUGAUCUCCCAUCAUCUGGUCCAGAUUCUCAACCCGAGUCUUACUUGCUCGACAUUCGCUCCGCUGGCGAAUAUGUCUUCGCCCCCUACCGUGUCGAUGUUGCGGCUGAUGGAACUAUCCUCGGUGUCUGGGAGACCUUCCGUGGGAAUCCGUGGGACAACCUUGGUGCCGUGAAGUAUAUCGUGGAUGUUGCUGCGACAAAGCAGGACGAUGUGGUAGUUGAGGCCAAAGUCGUUGCCCGCAAGGCCUUUUACGAGGAGCGUGCUAAAUUCUCGCCAAUGAGUCUUGUCAAGAACCCUAUGAUCUUGCUUGCAAUUGUUGCAAUGGGUCUUAUGUUUGGAAUGCCCAAACUCAUGGAAAACAUGGACCCUGAACUGCGCGCUGAGUUUGAACAGCACUCUCGCGCCUCGCCCAUCAGUGGUGCCACAAAUAAUGCCAUGACCGGUGGUGGCUUCGACCUGGCCGGGUGGAUGGCAGGCACCUCUGCUCACCCCACGACCAACACAGAUGCAGCUCAGGGUGGUGCAACUGGUAGGGAUACCAGUGGCCCUGCCCGCAAACGCGGAUAG